ACGAGAAAAAAAACUAGGGUUCAACUAAACCCCUUGCCUACGUUUGGCCGCCACAUAUCUCCACCAAACGCCGCCGCAGUUCAGCGUCUCCGCACCACCACGACCGACGCCGUCGCCGCCCUUCCCUCGCUUCCGCCCUACGCCAUCCACCUCUCUCCUUCGUUCCCCGUCAGAUCCGGCGCGGCGCGUCCCCGGCCCCCUGCCGCUGUUCGAUUCCAGGGUUGAGUUUGGACUCGGAGACAUGGGGGAAGUGGAGGAAAAGCUCAAGGACUACGAGAUCAAGAGGGAAGGCGAGGCCGAGAUACUCAUGCUCAAGAGCAACGCCGUGUUCUUCAAUCCUGUGCAGGUUCACAACAGAGAUAUGUCCAUUGCUGUUUUAAGGACCUUUGUUGCCAAGCACAAGGAAGAACAUGAGGCGCUGAUGAAAAAGAGGAAUAAGUCACAUAAAAAAGCCAAACAAAAUGAAACAUCUGUUCAAAAUGGAGAGGAUGCUUCAACUAGCCAGCAUGAUGAAAUAGAUGUUGUUCGUGAAAAGGAACUAAAUCAAGUUGUAGAUGAAAUGGAUGAUUUGUCAAAAGAAGCGACAAAGACACCUUCCUGGAAAGUAACCCGGGAGCUUAAGCCACCACUUGUUCUUGAGGCUUUGGCUGCUUCUGGGUUGAGGUCUCUCCGGUAUGCCCAUGAAGUCAAUGGCUUAGGAAAGGUAGUUGCUCUGGACAAUGAUAAAGCUUCUGUUGAAGCUUGCAAGCGAAACAUAAAAUUCAAUGGGGCUUCCACUAUUAGUAAAGUGGAAGCUCACUUGGCUGAUGCUCGAGUUUACAUGCUCACACAUCCAAAAGAAUUUGAUGUGGUCGAUCUCGACCCUUAUGGGUCACCAUCUAUAUUCCUUGACUCAGCUGUACAAGCUGUUGCUGAUGGUGGGCUAUUGAUGUGCACCGCCACUGAUAUGGCAGUCCUGUGUGGAACCAAUGGAGAAGUUUGUUACUCCAAAUAUGGUUCAUAUCCAGUCAAGGGCAAGUAUUGCCAUGAAAUGGCUUUGAGAAUCCUGCUUGCUAGUAUUGAGAGCCAUGCAAAUCGGUACAAGCGAUAUAUUGUGCCUGUUCUAUCUGUGUUUAUGGAUUUUUAUGUCCGUGUUUUUGUUCGAGUAUUCACUUCUGCAAGUGAAAUAAAGAAUACUCCUCUUAAACUUUCUUACGUAUAUCAAUGUGUUGGUUGUGACUCUUUCCAUCUUCAGUGUCUUGGGAGGACCAUUCCUAAGAAUAACAGUGUGAAGUAUGCACCUGGUAUUGGGCCUGUUGUGCCUCAAGAGUGCAGCGAUUGUGGAAAGAAAUUUAAUGUGGGUGGGCCAGUAUGGUCUGCUCCUAUUCAUGAUGAAGACUGGGUAGUUUCUACUUUGACAGAUGUUAAGUCAAUGAAGGAUAGAUAUCCUGCAUACGAUAAAAUUACUUCAGUUCUAACGACUGUGUCAGAGGAGUUACAUGACGUUCCAUUGUUUUUCAGUCUCCAUAACAUAGCCGGUACUGUUAAGUGCACAUCUCCAUCUUUGGUUAUGUUCCGGUCUGCAGUUCUAAAUGCAGGAUAUAGGAUCUCAAGCACCCAUGUUAAUCCACUUGGGGUAAAGUCUGAUGCCCCUUGGGAUGUUAUUUGGGACAUCAUGCGCUGCUGGGUGAAGAACCAUCCUAUUAAGGAACAGCCACGUGACUCUCCCGGCACAGCAAUUCUUUCAAAAUCGCCGAUUCUCGAGGCAAACUUCUCAAGAGCAGUUGCUGCCCUCAGCAAGGCUCAGGUGAAGAAGGUUAAGCGGUUCCUUCCAAACCCAGAACGCCACUGGGGUCCAAAGGUCAGAGCAGGUCGGAAGAUCACGAGUAAGCAUGUCUCCCUGUUGGGCGCUGAGGCUAUCAACGGUGUUGUAAAUGGAGCUAUCAGCCACGAAGAUGGAAACGGAGCAGUGCCAGAUGAGUCAGCUCCAGAACCUGAAGGGAUCAAAGGUAACGAGAACGAACCCUCGACCAAACGCCAAAAAAUCAGUGAUGAUGAACCGGCAAGCGAACCUUGAUCAAUGAGAUCUCUCAUCACCGUUAACUUUUUGUUUAUCUUUCUGCUCCUUUCACUCCUUUAUGCUCGUAAGCUUUGCUGUUGUGUGUGGUACAACAAUGAAUCUUGGUCGGAACAAAUUUCGGGCGAGGUUUUCUUUAUGCUUUUAUGUAUGAGACGCGCCUGGUCAGGGUGUUUAACUCGUCGUGACAAACACAAGGGAAAGCUAUGUAUCUAACCGAACUACAAGACGAAUGAAAAUCUUCCAUGAUCAA